CUUUAGUAGGACAUGCACUUGCCAAUUGCAAGAUUUUGAUCUUUAGCCACCCCGCCAGCAUAGGGGCAAGGGUUGUUCAUCAUUUUGCACCGUUGCUACCUCUGGGAAACAUCACUAGUCUGACGAGAGCAGACCAGGACAUGGCUGCGUUUUUUAUAGCUGACAGAAUAGAUAUUGAGCCUGAGAAUGUGCAAAAUUUGAUUUGUUGGGGAAUCAAUUCCUCUAUACAACACGUGGACAUCACUCAUGGCUGGAUUGAGCCCGAUAAUCAAGCUGUGUGUGCUAGAAUUGGCAAUGACAACUGGGUGAUGGUAGAAUUGACCGGAGCGAUUCGCAACUGUAGAAUGGAUAUCCGGACAAAACCUACGAGGACUACGUAUAUAAACAAUGUUGCUACUUCUCUAUGCAAUCACAUUUGGGACGGGUACUCCGGAACUCCAGCGGAUCAAUGGGUUUCCGUUGGGAUAUUUUCAACCGGCGCAUACAAUGUGCCCCAAAACGCAUUUGCCUCCUUCCCAGCAACUUGUCAACCUUGGAGGAGGGUGGAACAUCGUUGGAGGUCUCCCCAUUGUGGACUUCUUGUAUAUGAAUGCGGUCCAAGCAAGAGAACAUUAUGUUUAAUUUCAUGAGGAAGC